AUGAGCGCAUUGAGAAGCUGCCAGAAGGUUAGACGGCACCAUCAUUGCUCUCACUCGUCCCCAUCCCCACCCCGAUUCUUCGCAAAUAUGCCCCAGUUGGCUCCUGACCCAAUUGGAAAUGUCUCAGCCAUUCCAAACAGGAUUCUUCCCCGCAAAUUCAGCUGCACGAAAAUCUCCUGCCGCCAACCUUACGACAAACAAGCCAACGUUUGCAGAGAUGCUCAAGUUAGGUCACCCUCGAAUACUACCGCACCACAGGCUAGCGUCAGCCACGACAGCUGCAAGAUCGCUCGCGCCUUGCGCGGCUGGGAAAGGAAGUCGUGCGCCGUGCCACAGGUACGCCGCAUCACGGUGAGGUCCGGGUGA